AUGACGCUUCCUUCGGCGCUUGCUAUUUCCCUCCCGCCGACAUUUCAAACCUCGUUUUGGCCGUCCGGGCCGACGCAUGUGCACGCCGGCUCGUUCGUAGACGAGGCACCUUCCUCCUCUUCAUCAUCCGGUGCAGGUGUAGUCCCGCCUUCGUAUAACACUUACCGUCCGCCGCUGCUCCGUCUGUACGCGCACCUGCAAGCGGGCAUCGACCUCAACUCGCGUCUGCUCGCGCUCGUCCAGCAUCGCGCCGCGUCCGAGUACGCGUACGCCGAGUCGCUCGCGACGCCUACGCCCUCGCCGACGUACUAUGCGCCGAUCCUCAGCGGCGCCGCUGCGCAGGCACGCAGCCCGUCCUCCUUCCGCGCCUUGCAGCGCAACGUGCCCGGCUUCGCGGGCGUAGCGGGCGUCCUACAUAUCGCUGAGCAGGAGACGCAACGGGCGCACGCUGAGGCGCACGGCCGCGUCGCGAGCUUGCUCGAGCACACGAUCCUCGAGCCGUUUGGAAAGUGGACCGGUGAGCACCGCGAGCGCGUCAAGCGCAGCUGGGACCACGUCGAUGAGUGGCUUGCCAACAUCGAGAUCAUGGGCGAGGAGGUGGACAAGCUGCGCGCCGCGUAUGAGCACAAGUGCAGGGCCGCGGAUGAGGCGGAGGACGACGCGCGCUUCGCGCCAAUCGAGAACGCGGCCUCGGCCUCUUCGCCUGCGCCUCAUACGCCCUUUAAGUUCCCCUACUCCGCCGCUGCCUCGCACAGCACGCCACCCAACAGGAGCGAAAAGGUACUCAAUGGCCACGACGGCCAGCGUCAUAUCAGCAUCAGCCAGUCCGCUGUCGACACCUCCGCUUCACCAGAGAGCGUGAACGCCGCUGACAAGGACGACUCGAAACCGGUAGUCCCCGAGGACGACGAGGAGAAGCUCAAGCGGCGCGACACGCUUCGCGAGAAGUUUGGCUUCGACAAACGCUCGAGCCACAAGUCUGCCGGCAGUGCUGACAGCGAUGAUGCCGCCCUGGACAACUCGACAUUGGCGUCUGCAGCAGCUGCUGCUGAUGAGUCCCUCAGCUCCGUCUCAGGCGGCGGCGGUACGGCGCUCAAGCGCUCCAGCACGCUCUCGACCGUCUUGUCCCGCAUCGACAACGCAACACGCGCGGCAUCCACGUCGCCGAUCGUUAGCAACCUGCGCGCAGCCGUCGCCGGCGUCGGUUCGCUCGGCGAGCCGAAGCACAUCCGUCUGCGCCGCGAUGCGCAGAACGUCGAGGACAAGUACCGCACCGCGGUCGAGAGGCUCGAUCGCCUCCGUGCUGAGUUUGACGAGGUUGCCAUGGAGCACCUCGGCCUCACCCAGCGCUGGGAGGGAGAUCGGCAGCGCGCGGUCAAAUCUGCCAUCACGCAGUACACUCGCGCUUUCGAGCCGCUCGCGCGCAUCAGCGGCGGUGGUGGCGUGGCGGCACAGCGGCUCGCGCAGCUGCCAUCUGCCUAUUCGAGCACGCAGGACUUUGCGACGGCUAUCCGCGUGCUCGCGACGGCGCCGUACAAGCCCCUGCCCCAGGUCUUCCAUCCGUACUACCACCACGACCUGUCGACGCUCGCCGGCGCUGGCAGCGAGGGCUUCGGAAUGAACCUGCUCGUCUGGGACCGCGCGCGUGCGCUCGCGGGUUCGCCGAUGGAUGACGGCAGCGCAAUAGCGCAGUCUGCUGGAGGUGUUGCUGCUACUGCCACUGCUGCCGGUGAAAAGCUGCCCGAGCCACCGAGGGCGCUGCUGUUGCUUCUUCACGCACUGAGCGAUGCGUAUGCCAAUGAGAAGCGGUGGCCCAGCCCCGCGUCGACGUCGCCAGCAACGCAUGGCGCGAAGGACGACGAGGCAUCCACGUCUGCGCAGCCGCAAGUGUCGCAAGCGCUUCAGAAUGCCGAGAAGAGGCGCGCGUGGAUCUAUGAGGUGCCGCUGCGCUCCGUGCACACGUUGCGCUUUGCGCUGAUCGCCGCAUUGCGUGCGCAGCGCCCAGACAAAGAGAUCCUCGCUAACCUGCUUGGGCGCGCCGACCCGCCCGUGCUCGCGGCGCUCGUCAAGACGUGGGCCAUGGAGCUCGAGGAAACGCUCGUCAUGCAGAGCUGCUGGGACAUGGUCUGGAGCGUCUACCGCGCAGCCUCAGCGCAAGAGGAGGAGGCGCUCAAGGGCCAGAACAGCAGCAAGGGCGAGGGCGAGGGCGAGGUCGGUGCUGCAACAGAUGCCAAGUCGGCGGUUGAUGGGGACAAAGCGGAGAAAGAAGCGGAGGAGGCUUCUGCUCAGGCGGACGUCAAGGGAAAACAGCCUGCUGUCGAGAGCGCCGUGCCGCCGACUCUGUCCAAAGAUGUGCACGAAAAGAUCGCAAAAGGCAUCCUCGACGACCUCGGGGUUGUGCUGCUGAAGCUACCCAAGGUCCACCUUAGCUGCCUCGACUCUGUGGUUAGCCACCUCUCGCAGCUGUACAAGAGCACCGAGGAUGAGGAUGCGGACACCAUGUGGCUGCAAAAGCUGGGCAUGAGCACUGGCAGAGCUCUGUUGCGCCCACCAAGCGAGCUGCCGCAGACGAUCUACGCAAGGCACCCUGCGCUUCUGGUAAUCGACCUGGUCAAGAACUACGACAAACUCUUCCCGGACAUUGUCGCGGCCAAGGCUAAAGAGUCCGGACUCGCGAACCAGGCAAAGCGACGCGCGCCCGUCCGGAGGCGCACGAAGCCUAUCGAUAUGCGCACCAGCCGCAGCUCUCUCGCUGCGGCGCAUGGUGAUGCGCCGCCUCUGCCAUUGAUAAAGGAUGCUGCGUCGCCGAGUCCCAGUGCGUCGCUAUCCGUCCUGAAUAACACGGUUGUGCAGCCGUCCGACUUGCUCGCUCCAGCUACCGGCCCCUUGCAGAAGCCGAAGAUCAUCACCAAGACGGGGAAGAUUGAUGGUGGCGACGGUGUGGUAAAGGAUGACGCAAGUGGAAGCGCUUUGGUCGCGACGCCUACCCCCAUAUCUGAGCGUAUGCUCGGUAGCUUACCGACAACAACAACAGGUAAGGACACACAAGUCAAAAACGAGCUCAAUAUGGACAGCCACAGCCUCGAUGUUAUCGAUGCUGGUAGCGAGAACAACGACACGUUGCCCGCUAGCAGCACCGCACUGCAUUCUACGUCCGAAGGAAAAGAGGGCGACGCGGACGCGACUAUCGCUGACGGCUCUGCAGCAGCGCAGGCGGACAAGCCGCUGUCGAACGUCGCUAGGCUCAGCAGGCAGUUCGCUGCGCCUACUUCGGGCAUUGGAGGUCCUCGAGGUCCGCGGCCCGCUGGCAGCCGUUAG